AUGGCAUCAAUGAGAUUUGUUUUUAAUGUAGCGAGAGCUAAAUUUUUCAAUGUUGGUGACACUAGUGUAGUCAGAAUAAAGCAAACUAUAACAAAAAUAAUUUUAGCGAGAUCACUUACAAAUAUUCAAUUCUCGAAUGCAGCACUUAUUAAAUCCAUUAACUCUUCAUUUACUCGUAGUUUAACUACUGAAAGUACCAAUAAUACUAUAAAUGAAAACAAUACGAAACUCGAUUUUACUCAUCAUAGGCGUAGUCGCCCAUAUACUCCAGAAAUGGCCGAAGGAAUGAUAUGGCAAGAUAUUAUAAAAAUGAGUCGUUAUGAAUUAACGAUAAUGGGCGUUAAAGAUAUGGAAUCAGCUUGGAGGUUAGGUUCAUGUUUUUGGAUUAUAAGAUGUGACCUUGCAAUCAAAGAAGGAAAAAAGCUACCGUUUAAGGGUGGUAAAGAUAGAGUUGAUGUUGAUUUGAAAUCACUGGAUGAGAUUAUCGAUAUGGACUAUAAAGAUUUAAAAGCUUUGGGUAUUGAUUCUAUUAAUGACAGAAUGAAGUUGAUUAGGAAUUUUUGGGCCAUUAGACGUAAACUUUAUCAUAUUGAAAGAAUUGAAAAAUGUUUUAUACAAACUGACAAGACUAAAGAUCCCAAUGAUUCUGGAAAGAUUUCUAAUACUAGAUAA